CCCAGACCGACACCAUGCAGAAGUCUAAGAGCGAGUAUGAGUCCUUCGUCUUCUGGAAGGCGCUGCUGCCAGAGAUCGACCUAUCAGAGCUCUCGGAUCUGAGCGGGGGGGCGGAGCUAGCUGGGAGCGCCGCUGGGAAGGAGAGGAAACAGGAAGUGAGGAAACGGGAAGAGGAAGUGAGGAAACAGGAAGUGGAAGGCGAGAUGAAGGAGUUUUCCUCCUUUACUUACUGGAGAGCUCCGAUCGGAGACGUGGACUCGCUGCUGGCCGACCUGCUGCUCUGAGACAGGAAGUCACCACAAUAAGAGCCUGCUCUCUUAAACAGGAAGUCACCACAAUAAGAGUGUGGAGAAACCAGAGCCUGCUCCCUUAUCCCAAUCAUCAGAUCUUAUAUUCCAGAUUAUCCGUCUCUCUUUGGGCUUCACUCACGAUGAUUAUCCACCGCCUCACGACAAACUAAAGUCAGUCCUUUUCAUAAAACCAGGCUCAACCAAUCAGAACACUCACGAUACAAACAUGUGAUAAUGUUAC